CUUGGUUGUACACUGUAGUUGUUCCUGGGAAGAGAACCACCCUUGGUGUUGAGUGGACGUGGUUUACACAGGAACUGUGAUCCAUUGAUACUGAAUCUGUGUAGCUCUGGUGUUGUCUUGACUAUGCACAAGUUGGAGUAAUGAUGGCAGCUGUCUGCUAUAGUCUGCCUGAUCUCUGCUGGAUCAUCACCACAGUGACUUAAAGUUUUCUCUACUCCAGCACAUUUUCCACGUCUGACCCAAGCAGACUUCAACAUGUUCCUCUUGUGACAACAAAAAACUUUCAAGUGUUUUCUUGUGUUUGUUAAACAGACUACAUUUUCUUCUGUCACCACAACAGAUUUUCUGAUCCAUUGGUGUUUAGACCCGCUGUCCUGCUUAAGUUGGUCCCUCUUGGGUCGAUACAUUGCCCCCCUUUGCUUGACCUGCAGCAGCAACUAUGUCCAGCCCCUCCCCAGUGUUUGCCCCAGGGACUCCGCCCCCGUUCCACCACUCCCCCUUUUUUGCUCCAAGUGCCCCUCCCCCAUCCAGCUCCUCCCCAGUGUUUGCCCCUGGGACCCCGCCCCCGUUCCGCCACUCCCCCGUGUUUGCCCCAGGGACCCCGAUCCCGUCGAGCCCCUCCCCAGAGUUUGCCCCCGGGACCCCGCCCCCUUCCCGCCACGCCUGGUGCGUCCCUGUGUACACUCUACCAGCCUGCCCCGGGGCCUUCUACAUGGUGCAAGACAACUACUUCAACAAGGCCGCUGGGGCGACAACACCCGUCCCAACCCUGCCUGAAGUACCCAAGUUUGAGUUCAAGUCCAAGCUGACCAAACAGAAAUCCAUGGAUGAUGGUCUACUGCCCACAGAACAGAAACCGUCCUUGCCACUAAAGGACAGUGACCCUAGAUCUUCUUCACGACGGUCAAAGCCCCGCCCCCAUUCCCUGUCUCUUUUACUCAGUCAGAUUAAGCCACAUCCUCAUUCACCCCCACUGCCUGUACGUUCGUCCGAUAAAAGAGGAAGUGGCAAACAGAAAACGUCGGCUUCCAAAAAUUCAGUUUCUUCCAAGCUGCAGCGACAGCAGACGGUUGACAAAAAAAAAUAUUUACCAGAUCCGCCUCUGGAGAGCCUGGCCACUGUGGAGGAGACUGUGGUGAGAGACAAGGCAGUGGACUCCCUGCGACAGAUCGCCGCCGAGCACUCCCCCGCGGACCUGGAGAACCACUUUGUCCCCCUUCUGAAGAGGCUGUCAGCUGGAGACUGGUUCACGUCCAGGACGUCGGCCUGUGGGCUGUUCUCUGUCUGCUAUCCCCGUGUGUCCAACAGUGUCAAGUCCGAGCUCAGACAGCACUUCCGGAACCUGUGCGGUGAUGACACGCCCAUGGUGCGUCGCGCUGCGGCGGGGAAGCUGGGGGAGUUUGCCAAGGUGGUGGAGACAGAGUACCUCAAGUCUGAACUCAUCCCCCUCUUCACCGCACUAGCACAGGACGAGCAGAACAUUAUAUUUCAGGACUCGGUAAGGCUUCUCGCUGUAGAAGCCUGCGUUAGCAUUGCCUCGCUGUUGCCGCCUGACGACACUGAGCAGCUGGUCAUGCCUACCCUCCGCCAGGCCGCUGAGGACAAGUCCUGGAGGGUCCGCUACAUGGUGGCCGACAAGUUCACAGAUCUCCAGAAGGCGGUGGGGCCUGAAAUCACCAAGAACGAUCUGGUGCCGGCCUUCCAGAGUCUGCUGAAGGACUGCGAGGCCGAGGUCCGGGCUGCGUCGGCUCACAAAGUCAAAGAUUUCUGCCAGAAUCUGUCCCCGGACGUCCGUGAGACCACCAUCAUGACCAACAUCCUUCCCUGCGUCAAGGACCUGGUGUCCGAUGCCAACCAGCACGUAAAGUCUGCUCUGGCCUCUGUCAUCAUGGGUCUGUCCCCUAUACUAGGCAAAGACAACACGAUAGAGCACCUGCUCCCUCUGUUCCUGUCCCAACUCAAGGAUGAGUGCCCGGAGGUGAGACUCAACAUCAUCUCCAAUCUGGACUGCGUCAACGAAGUGAUCGGCAUCCAACAGCUGUCCCAGUCGCUGCUGCCUGCCAUCGUGGAGCUGGCAGAGGACACCAAGUGGCGAGUCCGCCUCGCCAUCAUCGAGUACAUGCCCCUACUGGCUGGGCAGCUGGGUGUGGAGUUCUUCGAGGAGAAGCUCAAUUCCUUGUGCAUGACUUGGCUGGUGGACCAUGUGUACGCAAUCCGUGACGCAGCCACACAGAACCUGAAGAAGCUGGUGGAGAAGUUUGGAGUGGACUGGGCCCAGCAGACCGUCAUCCCUAAAGUCCUCCAGAUGGCCCGGGACCAGAACUACUUACACAGGAUGACAUGUCUGUUCUGCAUUAACUUAUUGUCGGAGGCGUGCGGGUCAGACCUCACUCUGAAGCUCAUGCUGCCCACAGUCACUGGGAUGGCAGGAGACCCAGUCGCUAACGUCCGAUUCAACGUGGCCAAAACAUUACAGAAAUUAGGACCUCUAUUUGACCAGUCGACGUGUCAACAACAGAUCAAACCGUGUCUAGACAAACUGAAGACUGAUUCGGAUAUAGAUGUACAGUAUUUUGCCCUGGAAGCUCUUGAUGACCCAUGUAUUAGGACAGCAUUUUCUCUGUGAACCUUGGUCCCUGAAGCUGUCUGCAUAAGCUACCCUAAUUUGUGAUCUGUUGUGGCGAGGUUGCCGUGGCGACCGCUGUGAUGAUCAACAACGUCGUCACGAUGGGGACCUCGGCCAUCCCGGAGUAGCCCGGCCAGCAGCCGGGAGGAGACUGUAACUUGCUAAUAUUGUUCUAAUUAAGUAGUGAGAUGUACAGAUGAAUGGAACACACACACUCGUGCGUGCGCUGCUUCCCAAAGACUGGAUUAACUACUGUGUUUUGUGUGACCAAUGUACCCAGUGCGGGAAGGGGCUCAGCAAUACGGAGCUCCACACGGCUCCGGGGCAAGAUGAACAAUUGUAUAAAGACCUUCCCUGUAUGAUGAUCAAUUCUUGGACUUUUAAAAACAAUUCUUCACUUGACAAACUUCCUCAGCCGUAUUGGAAAUCCUCAGUUUCUUAUCAAUUUAUGUUGUUUAUGAGUUGCUUGGAAAUGAAAUUUGUAUUUUCCGUGCAUGAGAAAAUGAAUUUGGAUAACAUCGUUUCUAAUGGGGAACAUGCAACCAUGACUUUUGAAUGCUUGGGAAUACUUCCUUCUUUUUUUUUUAUUGAAAUGGGGAGAUUAUAUACAUUUGAAAAUUUGAAAAAAUGUGUUACAAAAAUUUAAGAAAUGCCUUCAAUUCAAACAGAGAUUAAAUGUUCAAUUCAAAAGCAAUAAGACCAAAGUGUGAAUUUUGGAUCUAUUCUCUUUUUAUGUUUUGUCCCUUUGUACCUUUUUAUUAGUUAUUUAUAAAAAAUCAGUGUAGAAGAUUGAAAAAAUUCAAGAAAUUCAACUUCAUGUCCAAAUUAACUUAACUAAUGAUGAAUGAGUAAAACAUGUAAUCAUAGCACCCUCUUGCACGGGAAGAGAAACAAUAUUUACAAUAUACAUAUUUGUUUGCGUUUAAUGUAAUUCACCAAUUCGUACAGUAAUUCGUACAAAGCGUUGGAUAUUCUCUGAUACAUAUAUUUCAACAAAAUGUGAAACAACUGGCCCCUAAAAUUGUCAUUUUUAUUCUUUGUUUCUUCACAUUUUCUAAUCAGUUUUUUGUAAACUGAUAAGGAUGUACUAAUCAGCCUUGUGAUGUUGUGUUUGUGUCCGUGAUGGACGAGGAAGUCUGUCAGAUCAAGGUCGUGUUGUUGGUAGCGAGGUGUUGUGGCGAUUUAACUCUGCUUCUAUACGUCUCUUCUCUCACGUCAUCGUCACAUAGCCCCGCUCCGCUCCACCGUGGCGUUGCCGCCGCCGCCACCGCCACAUGUAUUGUAAUAUCACCUGACUCAUGUUAUUAUCAGCUCCCAUGUUCCAGUGAACAGACAGAUUGUAAUAAAAUGUUGAAUGUCA